AUGGACCGCCUACGUCGCGCUCGUGCCGGAGUUCACAGCGGUCUCACUCGAACUAAGUCUCGCCUGACCGAGCUUCUGGCUCGACCUCAGCCCUCCGCCGCUGAUGUUGAAGUCGCAAUGGACUACCUCAUUUGCAAACGUGAAGCGCUCUCCGACUUGGACCGGAGCAUCUUGGACGAAACUCCCGAAGACGCUAUGGAGGCAGAGGUCUCCGCCGCCAUGGAAUAUGAAGAGGGCAUUGAAGAAGCUAUCUCUCGUGCACGGCUGUUGGUGACGCCAUGCAGGAAUGUGAUGCCCGAUCGCUCGCAGUCUUCUGCAGGACACCUCCGCACUGUCCAGCUUCCGAAGCUUCACAUCCCGUCGUUUUCCGGGAAGCUCUCAGAAUGGCACCAGUUUUGGGAGCACUUUGAUGUCACUAUCCAUUCGAACGAGGCCUUGUCGCCCGUGGAGAAGUUUAAGUACCUAGCCACCUACCUUACCGACGCUGCGAAACGGGCGAUUGAGGGGCUGCGCAUCAGCGGCGAUACCUAUCCGUGUGCCAUCAAGAUACUCAAGGAACGAUUCGGGAGAUCUGACUUGCUUAAUGCUGAACACAUCGAUCGGCUCUUGGAGCUGCGCCCCAUUCCGACCGCGCAGCAUGUCGAGCAGCUGAGGCACCUCUACGAUGAAGUAACGAUGCGCGUUGCUGCUCUUGACGCAUUGGGCAUCGGUCGGGAGAAGUACGCGGUCAUCUUGUGUCGGGUGCUGGUGCGAUGCCUCCCCGAGAACCUCUGCGUCUCUUUUCGCUAA